CCUCUGCUCCGUCUCUGGAAAAAUUCUUCAUUACUCUUCUUUCCAUUGUUUCCCCCGGAGUUUUGCUUCCUCUAAAUUCCUUUGGCCCUAGGUCAUCCAAUUUUCUUUUGUUGCCGAUUGCUCGCUCCUAAACCGAUGCUACUGCUCUUCGUUUAUGUAAUGGCGAGCACUAUUUUUUUGAAAUCGUGUGUCGUCAAGGGUUCUUCUGAAGUCCCAUCCCGUCCGCCAACCGCCAAGAAUGCGAGGGAAAAAUCGUCCUUUACUGCUCAGCACGUCGGUCUGUCGGCGGUCCUUUCAUCUGAGCUCACGAAGAUUCACGGUCAUUGGGCUCUUCAACCUAACUCCGAAGAUGAAGAUCUUUCCGGAGUCGUUCCGGCCGAAGUCUUUGGACGAGGGGAAAUCAAGAAUGGAUGAAGCUACGGCAUGGCACUCGUAUGUUUAUAGAUCUAGUCCGGCCAUCCCGUCACUCUACCUAGUUGACCCGCGGACGACGACGGCCUAUAAUGGAUGGUGGCAUGCAAUGUGGGGGGUGAUUGAUUUUGAUACGUCACGAAGCUCUAUUGCUGACCUUACUAGUGAUAGUUCUGAGAGUAGAACAACUUCUGAUCCGAUACCCGCGCAAUCAGAGUUGGUUUCAGGACCGCCUGUUUUGGCUACGGCCUUGAGAUAUAAAAGGACCUUACAUCCGCUGCCGCUGCCGCUGCCACUGCCCCUGCUGUCAUGCCUAGUACAUGGAGAUCUGCUCGACUUUCCAUCCCGUUUGCUAUUCUGAAGUCAUAGUCUGCAGAACGGAAAAAACAUCAAGCUUCCCAGAUGUCAUCUGAUUAGGUAGUCAUGAUGGUUUGUUCCAUAGAGCUUUCAGAUCUGACCUAAUGUUGCAUUGAUUGUGGCAGGUUCCGUCGAAGAAGGAUACGGUACCUUCAUCUCCCGAGAUUUCCACGCCGUCUUUGGUUUCCACGGCUGCCUCACCUUCGUUGGCGCCUGCCAUGGAUUUGGAGACUUGAGAUGUUGUUGUUAAUCCUAUUCCCUAGUUGGGGGACUCACCAUUGCGCUCAAUUUCCCCGGCUGUCCCAAUUGAGGUAGAAGAAUACUUCGCCCGAGGUUUGCCCACCCCUUCGCGUUGAUCCCUGCCGCAAAGAACAUCUGUGGCACUGGGUAAGACUCUGUUGGGCAAGUAUUCUUUGUCUCUGCUUGAUGAUCAAGGAGCUUUUGAGUCAAUGCAAUUAUCAGUCCUAGUUGCAGCGGCACGUGAAGGCUUAGAUUCUUCCAGAAAGUGUUGGUUAGAGCAUUGGCGGUUAGGUUAGGCAAAGUGGCAGACCGUCUUCAAUUUUGCCGAGCCCUCCACAAAGUCACCAGUGAAAAGUUAUGAGAGUUGGCUUCAUUUGAAGAACGAAGGAAGGCCUAUGCUGAGUUUUACGAGAAGGAGAGGCGCAAGGCAGAGGAGGAAAAAUCCUAUAUUGACGGCCUUCGGAAAGAACAGAUUUUCCUCCAAGCCGAAAUGGAACAAAUUCAAGCGCGAUUGAAUGGGAUCCCCCCGGAAAUUGAGAGAGCAUCCGAAAGCCUGGUUGAAAGGGCUGCCCGCCGCCUUGAGUUGUAUGAUUUAACGCGGGCUGUCAAUGGUCCUUUGUUGGCGUUGGCUGGGUGUCGGACGAUGUUGCAGCAAAAUUUCGGUCGGGCGGAAUGGAGCCUAGUCGAACUUAGGCAGCCCUAGGUUGGCGUCAUAACCGAUUGGACCGCUCUUCAUCCCGUGAGUCCGGAUGCUGCCGACGGCCAGGAGCUUCCAGGGAAGCUGCCUUCUGGUUUGGUGUCUCGCAUUCUCACGACUAUCCAAAACCUACCGUCGUUGGGAUGUCUUUGGCCGGGAAUAGCUCCUUACAUGAUAUCCAAGUGGAUCAGGGUGACAACUGAUCUUGUCUAGCAGCUUUCCUUUAUUUUAUUUUCUUUUAUCACUGAUAUCUCACGCUGCUAUAAUGUCUUUUGAACCAGUCUUUGUAGGCAAAACUUGACAUAUAUCAGCACUGGUCCUUCUUUUGAAUGUUUUUCUUGUUUGUGUGUCCUUCUAUAUAAAUGACGAAUAUACCUAU